AUGAGUCAGAAGCUGCGCGAUCUGAUCCGCGCCGUGCGUGCGAGCAAGACAGCAGCCGAAGAGAGAGCGGUCAUUGCCAAGGAGAGCGCGUUGAUUCGCACGGCGUUCAAGGACCAGGACAAACAGUACCGCCAUCGGAAUGUAGCCAAGCUGCUCUUUAUCCACAUGCUCGGAUAUCCGUCGCAUUUCGGUCAAAUGGAGUGCGUCAAGCUCAUUGCGAGUCCGUACUUUGCCGAGAAGCGCAUGGGCUACUUGGGUCUGAUUCUACUGCUCACGGACCAGGAGGACGUGCUGACGCUCGUGACAAAUUCUGUGAAGAAUGAUCUGAACAACCAGAACCAGUUUAUUGUGGCUCUGUCGCUCAUGGCUGUGGGCAACGUGGCUUCUGCGGACAUGGCGCGUGACUUGGUGAUGGAUGUCGACCGUCACUUACGUAGUGACAAUGAACAUCUGCGCAAGAAGGCGGCACUGGCGGCCAUCCGUGUGUUUACGAAGGUGCCAGAUCUAGUGGAAGACUUUACGGAAUCGAUCUUGGGACUGCUGCGUGCCAAGCACCACGGUGUGCUGCUUGCAGGCGUGCAGCUCAUUACAGAGGUGGUGUUGCUUGACACGGCGAACCUGAAGAAAUUCAGCAGCCUUGUUUCGAAGCUCGUUCGUCAGCUGCGUAAUCUGCUGUCCAUGGGGUACUCGAGCGAGUACGACGUCAGCGGCAUUGCCGACCCGUUUCUGCAGGUUGCGAUCUUGAAGCUCUUGCGGCUGCUAGGCAAGGACAACGAGGAAGCCAGCGAGGCGAUGAACGAUGUGUUGGCGCAAGUUGCUACGAACACGGAGACGGCCAAGACAGCUGGCAAUGCAAUUCUGUACGAAUGCGUGCAGACCAUCAUGACUAUCGAGAGCGACAGCGGGCUUCGUGUGCUUGCUGUCAAUAUUCUGGGACGUUUUUUGCUCAACCGCGACAACAACAUUCGCUACGUAGCCCUCAACACGCUAUCAAAGGUUGUCGCAGACGACGUUACGGCGGUGCAGCGUCAUACCAACACGAUCGUGGACUGUCUGAAAGAUCCGGAUACGUCCAUUCGUCAGCGUGCACUCGAGCUUAUCUACUCACUUGUGAACUCCGUCAAUAUUCAGUCGCUCGCUCGUGAGAUGCUCAAUUAUCUCGUAAUCGCUCCGAAUGACGAGAAGCCUGAACUGUGCUCUCGAAUUGCCGAUGCGGUUGACCGGUUUGCGCCCUCGAGCCGGUGGCACAUCGAUACGCUGAUCACGAUGCUGUCGAUUGCUGGUUCGACACUGCCGGACGAGCGGAUAUGCAGUUCGCUCAUAACGCUCAUUCAGCGCAACACAAAUCUGCACGCUUACGUUGUCCACAAGCUCUUCUGGGCCCUUCGCGACGAUGUGUCUCAGCUAUCUCUUGUGCACGUUGGUAUCUGGUGCAUCGGCGAGUACAGCAAGCUUCUGUUGCUGGACGCUCCUGCCUCGGAAGAUACGCUUGAUGACAAGAGCCGUGUGGAGGAGAGCAGUGUGGUUGAGCUGUUCGGGACGAUUUUGCGUCAUCAUGGAUCGACGGACAUCACGCGCGCGUAUUCAUUGAACGCAAUGGUGAAGCUCACGACGCGACUCAGCGCUUCGACUGAGAUCGCUAAGCUCAAUUCGAUGCUUUCUUCCUUCAAAACAUCCGUGGUGCUUGAGCUCCAGCAGCGCGCUACGGAGUAUACGACGCUUGGCCAGCCGCAAUGGUCGUCUCUUCGCAGUGAUGUUCUUGCUGGCAUGCCCGCCAUCGACGCAUCCAAGGUGCGCAGCCGCAACGAUGAUCUCGUGUCGUCAGUCGUGGGUUCUGCCGACCUUCUGGGUGACGAAGAUACAGGAGCGAGCACAAGUCACGGGAACACCAUAGCCGCGCCAAAGCUUGUCCAAGCUGCACAGUCGAGCGCUAGCACAAGUCUGUUGGAUCUGGACGACAUCUUUGGAGGUGCAUCAGCAUCGAACGCGGAAACAACAAUGCCAGCUCCGUCUUCCGCUUCGACUGCACCUCCUGCUGUGGAUUUGCUUGCCGACAUUUUCUCUGGUGGUUCGGCUGCACCAGCUUCUGCACCUAGUUCCGGAAGCGGCGGUGUAGUCGCCCCAGGAGCCGACGACUUACUAGGAUUGAUGGGCUUUGGCACACCUGCCCCUGCGCCAGCUCCUCCUGCAGCAAUCCCGCCAGUGCGUGCUUACGAGAAGAAUGGGUUGACUGUGGACUUGACGAUCACGAAGCCCAACCCUGACGAUAAGUCCGUGACGUACAUCACGGCGACCAUUCGGAACUCCACGGCCGUUAUGAUCGAGAAGUUUGUAUUCUUGGCCGCGUUCCCGAAAUAUGUGAAGCUGAAAAUGGAGCCCCCCACCGGUGAUGCAGUGCCACCGAACAGUAGUGGCGCAGUCACUCAGGUCGUCAAGGUCCAGAAUACUUUGCAGGGAGAGAAACCCGUGCUGAUGCGAAUCAAGCUCGAGUAUGUUGUGAAUGGCAGCAAAGUGGAGGACAUGGCGACAGUCAGCAACUUCCCGUCCAACAUUUAG